AUGGUUUCAGUCCACAAAUAUUCUAUCGAAGAAAAUUUACCUCACAAGCUUGGUGAAUACAUCCUGCAAAAGCAGGAAGAUUCCUUAAAGAAUUCUCAAGUCUUUAAUGUUGCAAUCAGUGGUGGUUCUUUGAUUGACGUCCUUGAAAAGGGUCUAGUGGAUGAUCCUACCAUUGCACCAAAGAUCAAAUGGGAUAAAUGGAAUGUAUAUUUCGUCGAUGAACGUAUCGUUCCACUGGAUCAUAGAGACAGUAACUACUGUGCCUUCAAGGACGCUGUUCUUGACAAAUUAUCAGUUCUACCAAGGGUGUACCCAAUUGAUGACUCCCUAGUGGAUGCUGGGUCGGCCGCUUAUGAAAAGAUCGCUUCUGAAUAUGAGGAAUUAUUACCAAAGAAAUUGGAUUUAUUGUUGCUAGGAUGUGGUCCAGAUGGUCACACUUGUUCUUUGUUCCCUGGUGACCAUCACAGAUAUUUGAUUGAGGAAACCACUAAACAGGUUAUGUGGUGUCAUGACUCUCCAAAACCACCAAGUGAUAGAAUUACAAUUACUUUACCUGUAAUGGAAGGCGCAGGUGCAAUUUGUUUCGUUACUAUGGGUACCUCCAAACAAGACGCUAUGCAUCAUAUCUUUGAUUUGAAGGAUACCUCAAUGCCAUGUGCUGUUGUCAAUGAACACUUUGAUGCGAAGGUGAGCUGGUUUGUGGAUGAUCUAGCUUUUGAAACCGUCACCACCAAUUUGUAA